CGAAGGCUCCCUCCCGUAUGGAGGACGACGAGAACGCGGUGAAGGCCUCAGAAGUUGUCGCGGCGGCGAACGAAGAAGCAACGGAGAUGGAGGAGAGAGUCGGAGGCGGCGGCGGGGGGCGAGGAGGGGAGGAGGAGGCGGAGGAUGAUGUGGAAGGCGAGGAGGAGGAGGACGAGGAGGACGAGGACGAGGAGGAGGACGACGAGGGUUACACGUUGCGUUUUGAUGGCGACACGGAUCCCUUGGGCUUGGUCCAAGAGGACAACCACGGUGUCGAUCUCUACCAGCAGUUCGAGCGGCUCGAGUACGAAGCCCUCGCCGAGAGAAAGCGCAAGGCCGUCAGCCAAAAAGAACCACCUGGCGAGUCUGCGAAGAAACCCAGGCGGGAGGAUGUUUUAGGCGUCACCAUGGAGGAGAUCAAUGAGCUAAUGAAUUUUGGUCGCCGGAGAAGAUCAAGAGCCCAGUCAAAGAAAAGGGGAAGAAAAAGGGGAUCAAAGAAAAAACUUAGCCCUGAGGUUUCUAGAAGAAUUGGGGAUGCUACUCUCUAUUACACAUCUGGGGAUUAUGAUGAGGCAAUUCCUUUGUUGCAAGAAGUUGUGCGGCUUGCACCCAAUCUUUCUGAUGCAUAUUAUAUACUUGGUCUAAUAUAUGAUGCCAAAGGUGACAGGGGGAAAGCUCUAAACUUUCACAUGAUAGCUGCACAUUUAUCACCCAAGGAUCCAUCUUUAUGGAAAAAGCUUGUUGCAUGGUCAAUUGAACAGAAAAAUACUGGUCAGAUUAAGUAUUGUCUUAAAAAGGCAAUAACUGCAGAUCCAAAAGAUGUGGGUCUCAGGUUCGACCUUGCUUUGUUGUACUGUGAACUUGGCGAGUACCAAAAAGCUGCAGAAUCAUAUGAUCAGAUCAUUGGGAUAUAUCCUGCUAACAUUCAAGCACUCAAAAUGGCUGCAAAGAUGUACCAGAAGUGUGGUCUAGUUGAGCGGGCUAUUAAGAUUUUGGAGGAUCAUGUUAACAGUCAUGUUGAAUGUGAUAAUAGUGUUAUUAACCUGCUAAUUGCAUUGUACAUAGAAAAUGGCUCACAUAUGGAAGCACUUAAGCUUAUUGAACGUGCAUGCUCAAUCUGUGGCCUGGGAAAGAAAAAUCUGUUAUAUCUGAAAGUGAAAGAGGCAGUCUGUCAUGCUCAACUUGGAAAUAUGCAACAUGCUGAGGUUCUGCUUAAGGAACUGCCAAUGGAUCGUUGUGCAGAUAAUGGAGAUUUGAUUAUUGAAGCUGCAGACUCAUUUUUGAGUCUCGGGCAAUAUCAGUUUGCAGUUGAAUUUUACUCCAUGCUGGAAGAUGUUCCUAAUCAUGACAAUGGGAACUUACACCUAAAAAUUGCUCAAUGUUUCUUAUCCAUGGAGCAACGAGGAAAAGCUAUAGCAUUCUACUAUAAAGCUUUAUCUAAAAUUGAGAAUGAUGUCGAUGCCCGUAUCAUCCUAUCUUCUCUUCUUCUUGAAGAAGGAAAAGAUCAGGAAACGAUUAAUCUGCUUUCCCCUCCAAAGGUUUCAGCACAAUUGCCCAAUUUAAAUUCUGCACAAACCAAUCCUUGGUGGGAAAAUGGGAAGAUAAAAAUGCAGCUUGCUAAAAUCUAUCAUGCAAAAGGGAAGCUUGAGGAUUUUGUUGACACAAUCUAUUCAUAUGUUCGCGAAACACUUGUCAUAGAGAUCAUGAAUCGAAAGGUACGUCCAGCAAAAAAAAUCGCAAAAAGUGUAUUAUUUGAAAGAGUCAAGUUGUUAGAUGAUCAACAGGCAGAUAACCUAUUCCGUGGCUUCAAGCCAGUUGCAAGAAUGUCAGAGUUGGUCAAAGCAGUUAGAGCAAAGAAGUCCCUUCAAAAACUAGCAGCUCUAAAGGAAGAAAAGAAAGCAGCAACAUUGGGUGCUGGGUUAGAUUGGCAAAGUGAUUCAGAUGAUGAGAUUCCGCGGAAGGCAAAACAAGAACCUCCUCUGCCUGAUCUCCUAAAGGAUGUGGAGCAUCAUCAGUUCAUUUUAGAUCUCUGCAAAGCCUUGGUGUCUGUGCAACGAUAUUGGGAAGCAUUAGAGGUUAUCAACCACACUCUGAGAUUAGAGUACAACACGAUUUCUACUGAGAAAAAAGAGGAGUUUCGAUCACUGGGUGCACAUAUUGCAUACAGCACUAGAGAUCCAAAACAUGGUUACAAUUAUGUAAGAUAUAUAGUUCAACAACAUCCGCACAGCAUAGCUGCCUGGAAUUGCUAUUAUAAGGUUGUUUCAAGGUUAGAAUAUCGUUUUUCAAGGCAUUUGAAGUUUCUCCACCAUAUGCGAGUGGAGCUAAAAGAUUGUGUAAUGCCAAUGAUAAUUUAUGGCCAUCAAUUUACUAUGAUUAGCCAGCACCAGUCAGCUGCUCGGGAGUAUUUGGAAGCUUACAAAGUUCAGCCGAAAAAUCCGCUGAUAAAUUUAUGUGUUGGCACAGCCUUGAUUAAUUUAGCGCUGGGGUUUAGGCUUCAGAAAAAGCACUACUGUGUAGCUCAGGGUUUUGCAUUUCUUUACAAAUAUCUGCGCAUCUGCAAUAACAGUCAGGAAGCCUUGUACAACAUUGCGCGGGCGUAUCAGCAUGUCGGCCUUGUUACCCUGGCGGCUAUUUAUUAUGAAAAGGUGCUUGCGAUGCAAGAGAAUGAUUACCCCAUCCCCAAGCUUCCAUAUGAAGAUUCAAGUGUUCCAGUAACUAGGAAGCCAGGCUAUUGUAAUCUUCACAGAGAGGCUGCCUAUAAUUUGCACUUGAUUUACAAGAAGAGUGGGGCGACAGAUCUUGCCAGACAGCUCUUAAAAAAUUAUUGUUCUAUUUGACUGUAUAUUGAUGCACGACAUGAUAAAAGUUCCAGAAGAUAUGCUUUUGUUGCAUCAAAGCCUAGCGUGCCAAGAUUUGAUAAAGUUCCGCAUCUGGGAGGUUACAAAAGGUUAAAGCUGGAAUCGACUGCCACAGUGAUGAAUAUAUCCUCUUCACAAAGUUUUGGUUUGGAAUCCAUUCGAGUAACAUGGAAUUGAUGUAUAUUGGUUAAUUUCUUUGAUACUUGUAUUGUUGCUUCAAACCCUUCUUUACAAAUCA